AUGGAUAACAAGCUGGAUGUCUUCAGGAGGGAAUUAGUGGAUGUUCAAGGUAUCCCUCUCUUUUGGAGCAUUGCUGAGCAAUGGUCCCAAGUAGAGUCAUUUGAAGCCCGACCUGAUGAUCUUUUGAUCUCCACCUAUCCCAAAUCCGGAACAACUUGGAUCAGUGAAAUACUGGAUCUGAUCUAUAACAAUGGGGAUGCAGAGAAAUGUAAACGGGAUGCAAUCUACAGACGAGUACCAUUCAUGGAGCUUAUAAUUCCUGGAAUAACAAAUGGUGUUGAAAUGCUGAAAAACAUGCAGUCUCCUCGACUAGUGAAAACACAUCUUCCUGUUCAGCUGCUUCCUUCCUCAUUCUGGAAAAAUGACUGCAAGAUGAUCUAUGUGGCACGGAAUGCCAAAGAUGUGGCUGUUUCUUACUAUUAUUUCUACAAAAUGGCAAAAAUGCACCCAGAGCCUGGCACCUGGGAAGAGUUCCUUGAGAAAUUCAUGGCUGGGCAAGUGAGUUUUGGUCCAUGGUAUGAUCAUGUAAAGGGCUGGUGGGAAAAAAGAAAAGAAUACCGGAUCCUUUACCUGUUUUAUGAAGAUAUGAAAGAAGAUCCAAAGUGUGAAAUUAAAAAAUUAUUAAAGUUUCUAGAAAAAGACAUACCAGAAGAAACUGUAAAUAAAAUCCUCUACCAUAGCUCUUUCAAUGUAAUGAAGGAGAAUCCUAGUGCAAAUUACACCACUAUGAUGAAAGAAGAGAUGGACCACUCUGUAUCUCCUUUCAUGAGAAAGGGCAUUUCGGGUGAUUGGAAAAAUCAGUUCACUGUAGCCCAGUAUGAGAAAUUUGAAGAAGAUUAUGUCACGAAAAUGGAAGAAUCAACACUAAAGUUUAGAUCAGAGAUCUAG